AUGGAUUCAACAAUGAUGUUUCUUUGUAAGUAUGAGUUGCAAAUUCUUCCGGUGAGGUUAUCGGGUGGUGGUAGGUUGAAAGAUGUUUUAAGCAACAUUCAUAAUAGGUGGCAGAAUCUGUCUGUUGGUGGGUUUUCUAUUUCAUAUGUUUAUGAGGAUGGUUAUUGUGCUCUUCAGAAUGAAUUUGAUUUUGAGAACAUGCUUUUUUUGUUUAGUAAUUGUGAUCGCAUAAAUGCAAAGGUUUAUGAGAAUAAACAUAGUAGCAGGUUAAUUGCUGGUAGUAAUUUCGAUGAAAUGGGUGAUGUUGAUGAAAAAGUUGAUGAUGAGUUAGAAUAUGUGGAUAGAAUGGACCCUGCGGAAAAGAAUUCUAAACAUGCGGAGACUAGGUAUUUGACGGAAGCUUGGGCUGAUUUGAUAGAUGGUGUUGGACAAGAAUUUCCCUUAGGUGUGAAGGAGUUCAGGGCUGUGCUGGCUAAAUAUGCGAUUGAGAAUGGCUUUAUGUACCGUUUCGUGAAAAAUGACUUACUUAGGGUGACGGCUGUUUAUGUUAUUAUGGGGUGUGAAUGGCACGUGCAUGCUAUUUUAAAUAGAACCAAUGGAGUAUUUCAUAUUAAAAAGUGUCAUAAUGAGCAUAAUUGUGGUUCAACGUAUCAAACCAAUAAGUAUAAGCGCGUGUCAUCCCGUCUGGUUGCGAAUGAGAUAGCUAAAAUUGUCAAGAAAAAACCUAAGACUUCUCCAAUCGACAUGCUAGAUUGGUUCACAGACAAGCUUCGAUGGUACGUUCAAGCUGCAAGGGCUACGAAUCCGAGGAGCAUAUUGAGGCUCGAAUCUGAUCAUGUAACCAAGGAGUUUUCGCGACUGUUUGUGUCGUUUGACGUUUGUAUCAAGGGGUUCAACUACUGUCGAUCGUUUCUGUGUCUUGAUGCCACCCAUCUGAAAGCUACAUAUGGCAGAAGUUCGCAUAUAAUGAGUAUAUUGUCCACUCACCCUAUUACCUUUAUUGCUGAUCGUAAAGCAGGUUUUGUCAACAACAUCCCUGUUAUGUUCCCCGAUUAUCAUCAUGCAUACUGUCUUUAUCACCUACAGUUUAACUUGAAAGAUCACUUUCCUGGUCAGUUUAGGAAAGGCUUUCGGAACAGGCUCGUUGAAUUGUUCAACAAAUGUGCAUAUGCUUCAUCGGUGUCGAUUUACAAAGCUGCUGAGGAAGAAUUUUACCAAUUUGGUGGAGAUAAAGCUAGGACCUUUAUUGCGAGUGUCCCCAAAGAGCAUUUGAGUAACGCGUAUUUCGAAGGUCAAUGGUAUGGUGAGAUGAGUUCUAGUGCUAUGGAGUCGUUUAAUAAUUGGAUUCUUAAAGCUUGGGAAAUGCCUGUGUUUUAUUUAGUCGAUGAGCUUCAUCGCAAAAUUAUGAAGCAAAUGGCAGCUAGGAGAGUAAAGUUGAUGAAAUGGAAUUCAGUGAUUUGUCCGAAGAUGGAUAAGAAGUUAGUUCGCUUUAUCAAGAAAGGAAGGUCGUGGAGGAUCAUUAUGUCAAAGGUUGGUUUGUACGAGGUGCGCUGUCUUCCCCCGAAGGUAGCAUAUGUUGAGGAAAGGACGUGCUUUUGUGGUAAUUGGCAGUCUACCGGUUUCAUGUGUAGGCAUGCUGCAACGGUUAUUAUAAAAGCUUGUAGAGGGGAAGGAAAUUUGGUGGACCACAUUGAUCCGUUAUACCUUGUUGAUGCGUAUCAACGUGCAUAUGAAGAACCUAUAUAUCCAGUUGUAGAGAGUGACAUUUUCGAUUUUACAAAAGAAGGUGACCGGUUUAUAAACCCUCCACGUAAUAGGCGGCCAGCAGGUAGGCCCAAGGUUAAACGUAUUCGUUCAAGGGGUGAAGAGUCGAACACCAGGCCAAAUAAAUGUGGGAGGUUCACUGAUGUUUUAUAG